AUGCCACGGGUAGCAUAUUACUACGAUGAUGACGUUGGAGCUUAUGCGUACGCUCCUCACCAUCCGAUGAAACCCCACCGUAUCAAGAUGGCACACAAUUUGAUCCUGAACGCCGGAUUGAAUCAGAAGAUGGACAUGCUCUGCGCCAAACGAGCAACAAGAGAAGAGAUGACCAAGUUCCACACGGAUGAAUACAUAUGCCACAUCGCCCAAGUCAACCAAGAAGAUCCAGAGACACUAGUAUCCGGAAGGGAUAAGAGCGGCGAUAACCGAUUCCUUGUGGGUGAUGAUUGUCCCGGUUUCGAAGGUUUAUUCGAGUUUUGUUCGAUCUCCGCUGGCGGUUCUAUAGCCGCAGCAAAAAGGAUUAAUUCAGGACAGGCCGACAUUGCCAUUAAUUGGUCCGGCGGUCUCCAUCACGCCAAAAAACGUGAAGCCAGUGGGUUUUGUUAUGUGAAUGAUAUCGUCUUGGCGAUCCUCGAGCUGCUGAGGUUUCACUCUAGAGUUCUGUAUAUCGAUAUCGACAUUCAUCAUGGCGAUGGCGUCGAGGAGGCCUUCUACACCACCGAUCGGGUGAUGACCUGCUCGUUCCAUAAGUUUGGUGAUUUCUUCCCCGGAACUGGUCAUGUUGGGGAUCGUGGAAUAGGCAAAGGCAAGGGUUAUGCGGUCAACGUGCCAUUGAAGACUGGGAUCGAUGAUGAUACUUAUCGGAGCAUAUUCAGGCCUGUUAUCAAUCAUAUCAUGAGUUGGUAUCAGCCUGGUGCCAUCGUGUUACAAUGUGGUGCCGACUCUCUAGCGGAAGACAAAUUGGGAAGUUUCAAUCUUUCGAUGAAUGGGCAUGCCGAUUGCGUGCGGCACGUCAAGUCCUUCAAUGUGCCAUUGGUCGUGCUCGGUGGGGGAGGCUACACGAUCCGAAAUGUCGCUAGGACGUGGGCCUUCGAAACAUCGGUCUGUCUGGGCCCUCACGAAGAACUCUCGCUCGCCGAUCUACCUUACAACGAAUAUAUGGAAUACUUUGGACCGAACUUCAAAUUGGAAGUGCCCUCUAAUAAUAUGGAUAAUCAUAAUUCACUGGAUUACUUGAAUGGAAUACUGGCGAAGGUUGUCGAUAGUUUAAGGGAUCUACCGUUUGCACCUAGCACUCAGCGCCGACCGUUAUCGUGUUAUCCGGAAACUAAGACUGCAAACGACAUGGAUGAUUCUGAUUCGGACGAUUCUCCUCUAGGUAACGGCCUGGGGGCCUCAGCCAACCAAGCCAAUGCGAACGAGAGCGCCCAGCCCGAACCUGCUCCAGCGCCCCCGCCGCCACCCGUCCAUCAACCAAACCGAGUCGGCCGUCCGUCACGGCUAAAGCCACCCCCGCCGCCACGCAAGGUGUCGCCCAAGCCGGCCGAGCCAGCAGACAAGGCCGGUGGCCAGGGGUCCAAAGAUCGGUCCAACGGGACAGCCGCCGGGGGGAGCGAGCGCAGGAAGCGGACAUUCUUCAGGAGUGGCGCGUUCGACCGGCCGCCCCGUGGAAGCUCCCAACCGAGCUGCUACACUGGCCAAAGUGGGAUCCGGACCCGCAUGAACAGGUCGACGACAAGUCAUCAGCAGUUUGCCGAAAGCUCAGCCAGACUCGAUCGCCCCCCUGACGGUUUCUCUAACCUCGUCGUCAAUAAUAAUAGCAAUAGUCGUAGCCAAUUCUUGUCUUCCAACGCCCAUCGUCAGGAUACCCAUGAUCAGCCCGAUAUUCAAGAUCCUCCUAUCCCCAGUCCUGAGUUCCGAGCUAACGCCCAUCCCAAAGAGAUCGUCUUGAGCUGGGAUUUUAACCAUUGCUUUUGA